CUGUUUGAAAUCUAACGUUUUUCUGUUAUUUGUGCUUUUAAAAAAAAAUAAAUAUCAAUCCCAUGUUGUGCUCUCUGCAUUUUUUCUGAUAUUUACUCAAGUUUUUAUUUCUUUUAAUCUUUGUGAGCGAAUGCCCAGUUAAACGGAAUUAAUCCAAUAGAGAGACAACGGAGAGGGCUUGGUUCUAACAUCUCUACAAGGAAAUUUUUUGGUGUUGUGAAUAUGUCCAGGAUUCCAAAAUUCGAAAGUAAAUCCCGAAAACCCUCAACAACAGAUGAAGUUCCUGACUUAAUUCAUAAUGUGAGAAAACCUAUACUGAGACGUUCAAAUUCAUUCGAUACUCUAAAUGUUGCAUCCUCCAAACAAAUAAUUUCAUCACGAAAUCUAUUGGGAAACAAUCGUAAACUUGUCAAUUCAUCAAAUACGUUAUCCAAAGGAGCAACUUCAUCAAAAUCUGGUAAAAGUUCAACAGAAGAUCAUGUACCAGAAUUACCUUCAAUUGGUGGAAAACCAAGAACAAUUAUGAGGCGAUCGAGAUCAUUUAGUGAUUUGAGAACAUGUACCAAAAGUAUUCAACCUUUAUCGAAAGUAAAUUCUGGGAGAACUUUAGCUACAAAUAUUAAUGCUAACAAGUUGCCUAAAUGUGGGAGCUCAAUGAAACCUAACUCAAGUAAACCAAUAAUAAAACCAACUAUAAUGUCAAAGGCUCCGAUAAAACGACCAGGAGGAACAUGUGAUUCUGAAGUGAAGAAUAAAGUUAUGAAGAAGACUAAAGUACCAGACUGGGACUAUAAAACUAGGUUUUUCUUGCUUCAAGAUACUUUCAAGAAGUUGCAAGAGGAUAUGAAAGUAUAUGAAAAACGUGUUCAAGAUGCAAAAAUAACUUGCCAAGAUUUACAAUCAUCACAGCAAUCUUUUAGAGAAGAGAUAGAAAAACUGACUUCAAUGAAUGAUGAAUUGACAAAACAUCAGGAAGAGCUGAGACAAAAAUAUCAAGAGAAAUGUACAGAAUUGGAAAACUUGAAAGAAACUUUUGCUAAUAUUCACAGUAAAUAUGAACGAUAUUAUGAAGAAGCACAAAAUCUUUCAAAAGAUAAAGAAAAUCUCUUGAAUGAAGUCUUCCAGGGGGAGAAGCUAAGAAGAAUAUUACAUAAUCAAAUCCAAGACCUUAAAGGUAACAUAAGGGUGUUCUGCAGGGUGAGACCAGCUUUGAAUGAGUUGGAAAAAAUAAAUCAGUGCAACUUCAGUUUUUCUGAUAACAACUCGAUAGAAAUAGCAAGAUUGAGGGGAAGUUUAGCUCCGGGUGGAGUAGUUAAAGCUAACGAUGCUCAAGAGUUCAAAUUUGAUAGAGUAUUUGAUCAGAAUGCAACCCAAGAAGAUUUAUUCCAAGAGUUAUCACAACUCAUUCAGUCUGCCAUGGAUGGAUAUCAUGUGUGUGUAUUUGCAUAUGGGCAGACUGGUUCUGGUAAAACUUACACAAUGCAAGGUGAACAACAUCCUAAAGAAUCUCUAGGAAUGAUACCGAGAUCUGUAGAGUUGAUAUUCAACAGAAAAAUGGAAAUGGAGAAAAAGGGUUGGUCUUUCAAAAUUGAUGCUAGUUUUCUUGAAAUAUAUAAUGAAAAUAUCAGAGACCUCAUGAAAAUCAAAGAUGAAAAACCAUUGGAAAUAAAAUUCAAUAAAGGUAAAGGAACAACAGUUACAAAUCUUACGAUAAUGCCAAUAUCCUCUGCUGAAGAACUAUUGCAGUAUGUGUUCCAAGCCCAACAGAAUAGGUCAAUAGCCGUCACAAACUUCAAUGAACACAGCUCCAGGUCCCAUGCAGUGACUAAAUUAUACAUUGAAGCACGUUAUAAUAACUCAGAUGAUGUUUAUAUAGGUUCAAUAAGUUUGGUAGAUCUAGCAGGUUCAGAAAGUGCCAAAACUGUGAGCAAUGAACGGUUAGCCGAAACAAAAAAUAUCAACAAGAGUUUAUCUAGUUUAGGGAAUGUAAUGAUGGCAUUAUACAAGAAAGAAACACACGUGCCAUAUAGAAAUUCUAAACUGACUUUCUUACUGCAGUCUUCUUUAGGAGGCAAUUGUAAAUGCCUAAUGAUUGUAAAUGUGUCUCCUGUUAAUGAUUCAUAUAAUGAAUCAAUAAAUACUUUGAGGUUCGCAGCUAAAGUGAAAGAAGUUAAAAUUACUGCCAAUCAAAACAGGACGUUAGUGACACCAAGUAAAUAAUUUCUUGAUUCAAAUUAAAUUUUGACCAAACCAUAUAUCGAAUGUACUGAUAGCUUUGUAUUUGAAACGUUUUUAGUAUAGUGAAUAUAAUUGUAUUGUAUUGUAUAUCCAUUUAUAAAUCUUUAUUUAGUUCCGGUGCAGCACGUUCUGCCUUAGGUCAUCAUUAUUGUCGAUCUUAUAGCAGAAGGGUCGAGAAAUAAAUCUUAACCAUUUCUGUGAAAAUAUGAAGAUUUUUCCUUGACCCUUCUGCGAUUACAUUGACAAUAGUACUGAUGAUGGCCAAAAAUGCUGUACCGGAAAUGAUUUUAAAUAUAAUUAUUAUCUCAAA